AUGUCAUUUCUUAUUGUUCAAAGUAUUUUUCUUUUUUUUGAUUUAACAUUCUUCUGCUUUAGUGUAGUUGGAAACUCGGUUGUUAUUUACGUGAUCAGUCGAGACAAAAAAUUAAAAAGCAAAUCAAACUAUCACAUCAUGUCAGUUGCUGUCGCUGAUUUGUUGAUUGGAACAUUUGGAAUACCACUUGGAAUAAUUUCUAGAAUCACUGGUGCACCUCACGACCUUCAACUUUGUUUGAUGUUUUACUCGUUUAUAUUAGCGAUAUUUAGUGUUUCGAUGUUCUCGCUACUAGCUGUAUCAGUGGACAGAUUCUGGGCAGUUUAUUUCCCAAUGGACUACCACGUAAGGGAUCCUUCAAUUGCGAAAUUAGCAAUUUUUUGUUGUUGGGUUUUCGGCCUUGCCAUUGGCUUUCUACCAGUCAUGGGAUGGAAUAGCGGGAACUUUGAUAAUCAAUGUGAUUUUAGAGUGGUCGCUGAUCUCAACUAUGUCUUGUUCGUUAGUGUUGCGGUUGCUUUUCCAUCUACUUCAAUCAUCAUUCUUCUCUACAUUCUCAUCUAUCGUAAGGUUUUAAAGCAUACAAGAAAACGAAAGGAGAUAUUAGCCAAUCAAUAUCAUUUUAUAAAACACAAAUAUGAAAUUCGAGCAGCAAAGACGUUGGCAAUGAUUGUUGGAACUUUCAUUCUUUUGUGGACUCCUGGAAUGGUUGGAUUUCUAUUUUUUGCUAUUUCCAAAAACCGCGAAAUUCAAGAAGAUAUUCUUGAGAUAGCAAAGUCCUUAGUUCAUCUUAACUCGGCUAUUGAUCCAUUGAUUUACGCAUAUCGAAUGAAAAAUAUUCGUGAUGCCCUCAAAGUUCUCUUCAAGUUUUGUCGUAAUGACGACUUGACGAACAUUACAACAUUAAAUGAUCGUAAAACGUCAUUAAACAUCUCAGUAAAUAUAUUUGCGAAGAAUAACAAAAAAAAAUGUUUAAAUACGUGUGAAUCUUCUUACAGCUUUAGCUUAAAACCACAAAGGUUUAAAGAAUAA